GGAGAACUUGUCCCCUUUUUUCUUAGUUUGCGCAUUCACCAUCAUCCCCUCCAACUACGGGCUUCCAUCUCGACCAUACGCCACGGCCAGCAGUCAAGUGAGUGCAUGUUGUGACUUUUUUGCGACUACCACGAGAUUCACAAGAGUCCCAUCCUUCGACUCUGCUGCCUUGGCCUGGAUGAGCAAGUACCUUACCUUAAACGUAGCACAGUCGCGCCGUCGCACCAUCCUUCCUCGGCCGCCGUUCAUUGCCAAUUGGAGCGCCUGAGACAUCGGAGAAAAAAAGAAAGAAGCCUUCCCCUAGAACGACACAGCCCAGUUGGUCGACCAAUUCUAUUCGCGCAUUCUAUAAACGGAAUAAGAAACCAUCAAUCGCCCGAAAUUUGUGACGGUCCAAGACGGGCAGGCAAACGUCGAGCCCGGAAAGCUGCGCAAACCUGCAGUCCACUCACUGACUGACUGUGGUUCUCUUUCCCCCUCCUCUUCUCCGGGUCCCGUCCGAUCGUUCCUCUUUCUCGACUUCUCCCGUCUGCCGUACCCCGUUGCUCCACGACAUCGAACCGGCACAUCACCCCGAACCGUACUACAUGACACUGCCAACCUGUUGAUGCAAGGCGGCCUUCCGUCCUCUUGACUUACUGUCUCGAACCGCUCAUUUGACCUUUACCCCCCCGGACGCCGACGACAUAUUCCUGAGCAGGCAUCAUCCUGACACAACCGUCACUUUGCGACGGCCUGUCGUUUCGAAACCGAGACAUUUGAGAAACACGGCGAGCAUAUCGUUGGCUCGUCACCUUGUUGUCGACGUCGGUACCGUGUUGUAUGGUCAUCCCACCGACGGCGCCGUUUGUCCAGCAGGCCGCCCACUAUGGAGUCCGCCAUAGACAUUCGUUCCCAUGACCGCCCCAUCCGCCCCCUUUCCAGCUUGCGACCUGCUUCCAGGGAAAGCAUAAGCGCUAGUUCGACACGUACCCGAACCAGCAACCCCAAUGGCAAUCACCAGACACAUGCGCAACUACCCCAGGACCGCCCCCGAUCCUCCCGUCCGCCGAGCUCCUCCAAGCAACAUAAAGUCUCCUUCUCCCGCGAUAGCGUUGACAUCCUGGCCUUGCCCCCCAUGUCAGAGUAUUUGCAAGAACGGAUCGAACGAACACGAAAGAUGGAGGCCGACCGAGCGUGCGGGAAACAGCCCAUUGAGAGACCCAAGACUUCCGUUGGCUUUACCAGUCCGAUUGCCUCGCCAGCCAGACCAACAACGGGUACCAAGAGUCGACUUCCCACCAUCGCCUCGGAAAUCAGUGCCAAGAAAACCGAACAACAAGCGCCGUGUAUGAAGGAUGCCCAAGAUCUCAUGUCCAAGCUACACAAACAAAACUUUGACCUCAAACUGGAACUCUUUCAUCGGCGCGAGAAGCAGACGGCUCUGGAGGAGCUAAUUGAGAAGCUGGAACUGGAGAAAGACCAGUUGAGGAGGGAGCAAAGGGAGACACAGGACCUCAAUGACGUCUUGUUGGAAGAGCUGGAGAAGAAGGACAAGGCAGUUGAGGAAGCUGUGGCCAUGAUCGUUACUCUUGAGUCACGAAUUGAGAAUCUGCUCAAGGAACGGGAAAUGGUCCGGCAGGUGGAGGCGGAAGGACUCUACAAGUCGCACCACGACGCCUCUGAUUCCGUCCCUUCACGUAACGAAACACCAGAUACCCUCAGGGGCGGCGAGCAAAAGGCCCUUCAUCGCAUGCCGAGUUUCCUUGCGGAGCCAACCGAGGACACCGAAAACCUUCGAAACGUCUACCUCGAAACGCGAGCUAGCGGACUGGGCCUGGGUCGGUUGUCGGAGGAGGAGUCGCCAGAAACAAAUCGGAGCGAGUUGAUCAAGGUUGGUAGCCCAGCAUUAAGUCUUCUCAGCGAGAGUUCCUUCUUGAGCAUCUACGGCCAGAACGAGGCCAGCUCUUCGCUCCGUUCGCAGAGACCACCGCACGUGGAUGGCGCUGAAGAGCACCUGAGUUCCAUGCCAAACCGAAACUCGCUAAUGCCCGAGGCUACCCUUACAAAGUCCAGCCGUCGCCCGCUAUCACCGAUAGCAACAAACAGGUCAAGCUCAUUCCGCAAGAGCCAGCUUGGUCUUGGCAUUGACAAGGCAGCUGAUCAAGUGUUAGAUGAACCCAGGACUGCCUCCUUGGUAGACAAGUCCGGUUCAAGGCACAAGCUCGACCAGGAGACAGGCGCAGCAUCGGUCAAGUCACAAGCAGACUCUACCUCCCGAGGAACAAACAGGACCUCUACACAAAAGGUAUAUACGCAUGGGUCUUCGGUAACGGACUUCCCUCGCGUGCAUAGUGGUCUUCCACCCACCCCCGACACCAUCUCAACUUCGACCCUGCGUGUCCUUCAAAUAUCAGAUGACUCACUAUCAAAGAGACAAAGUUCGGGCAACGGGCCGGCCAAUAUCUCUUCUUCGGGCGAGACGGCCUCGGUGCACUCGGAAGGUGAGGAUGAGGAUCACCUUCAUAUGUCGCGCCGACAACAGAGCCAGCCGGCGUCCAUCACGGCUUUCAACAGUCUCCGAGGACUCGAGAGCGAAGGAGCGAUGUUGGAUAUUUGUUACACGACGUCGGAGUCGGAACGGCCGCCUUCUGCUAGUAAUGCUCGACGAUCAGAAGAGCAUGGAGGCCGCAAGAGCUGGUCGAGUGAGGAGGAGGAGUAUGAUGUCGUGGCGGAUGGAAGGACGAAAUCUUUUGCUUCGAGUAUCGAUUUGUGGUUGAGGGAGAGCCAAAAGCCGAACAAAAUAGUACCACCACUGGAUCCGCUGAGCUCCGUGUCCCAGGUCGGCGGUCGCGAAACGGAUCAUGGCCGAGUGUCGCCAGACUUGUUUUCUUUCCCCACCGGAUCACAAGGUUGGAUGUCAGAUGCGAUUUACGGAAAGCUCGACGGAACGGGGUACAAGUGUGCAGGCGGCGUACGAGUAGCUAGUGGGAGCUCGAAUGCCGAUUCCGCAUUUGGCGGUCGAAGCUACAUGGGCGACUUACUUCCCACACCAAUCUUUGGCUCUGGUUUAGCAGGACUGCACGAGGUUAGGAAUAUGGCGCCGCCGCCGCCGGAACGCGGGUCAAGCCUCAGGGCAACAAUGGGCCACCUUACCCCGGGCUUGGAUGGGUCACUGUCAGGCUCAGCUAGCAGUUUGCCGGCCUCACCCACCAUUCGGCAGUUCCAGACUCCCUUGAGGAAUCCCCAAGGAAGGAAGAGCAACAGGGACUCUCCGCGAACGACCAUGACGACAAUUCGCAGCAAUAGCAUUGGCCAACGAAGUGAAAUCGACCCAUCGUCAGACUUGUCCUUCGAUAUUGAUCACCGAGCAGCCACUGUCCCACCCAAAACGCUCUUCAACCCCCCACCUAAAGAGGGAAAGGAAAAGUCCUCCAAGCGGCAUUACCCCCCCACGGCCUCACACCCUGCUCGGUCAAAGCUCAACAGUCUAUUUAGAAGAUCGACCGGCUCGGUUGAACCCUCCUCUUCCCAAGCCCACAGCUCCAACCCCGCCCCCUCUUUCGUCUCUGCGUCGUUCUCUCUUUCGUCGAGGGACCGUCCGUCUGAUUUUGGUCACUCUUCGUGGGGCAGACGUAAUUCCGAAAUGGCCGUCGACGAUGACCAUACUGGCGCUACACCUCCUCCCAUAAAGCGGAUCAGACCGACGAAGAAGAAUGAAGCAGCUGCUGAUAGAGCUGAUGAUGAAGCGGGAGGAGUCCCACUUUAUCAAUCUUCCUUUGGGGACUAUAUGGAUGGAAGACACUCGGCGGAGCCGCCUCAGAGGCCGGUUACCAGUGGUGGCGAUGGAGAAGGCGGCAGUCUCCUGUCGAGCAUCCAGAAUUCCUUUUCAAAGUCGCUUGGGUCUGGUGAUGGGCCGCCGCAGAGUCAGGGUGGGCGGAGAGAGAGUGCGGUUGGCGGGAAGAGGAGGUGGUUCGCAAACCUCGGUAGGGUCGGGAGUAUGAGGAAGGGUGGGAAUUAAGUUGCGUGGAGAAUGCUGCCAUUCCAAAAAAUGAGACGGGGAGGGGGGAGUGUCAACGCUCGGUGCAUCUGCUUCACAUUAUCUCAUCUUUAACCCACCAUCUGCAGUUGUAUAGACAGACAAGACGAAGUCGGGCUCAGGCCUAGUACGUACACUCAAGUGGGCUUUUUCACAUACUACUCACCCCCUUUUCACCUUUUUACUACUUCUACUCUUCACAUUAUCUUCAUUGGGUCGCAGCGCAUUUUUAUCUUCCAGACUUUUAUCUUUUUUAUCUUCUUUUUCUUUCCGCAUUCACAGUGCGACCGACGUUUACAUAUCCCAUCUUUAAUCACUUCUUCUUACAUAUACAUGUUGUAUUUUUUUUUUACCAUUUCUCUUUCUUUUCUUUUUCUGGCCUCGGUCCUCACUUAGGUCAUUAUCGUUGUUAUACUUUCCUACUGGAACUACUGAAAAGAAAGACAAGAAAAAGGAUUUCAUAUUUGUUUUUGGGUUGAGGCACGGUCGGGGUACGAUGUUGUUAUGAGUUUAUGUUACGAUAACUUUUGAUUCUUUUUUGGUAUCUUUUCUUAACUGCUGGGUCGGUGAUCAAGAAUUGGGGGGUAUGGAAGAAAGGAUUGGAGAAAGAAAGUCAGUAGUCGGUGAGGGGAUUAGAAGGAGAGGGAGAGGGAGAGGGAGAGGGAG